UGUCGAGUUAGGUAUCAAGCCAUGGUACGAUGAUCAAAGGGUCUUUUGUUGGGGAGUGAGGUGCAGUAGAGAUGAGCAUCAAAGAGAUGUUAUUUUUGUAUUAUCCUCUCAAGGGCCAGUCAUAGAGAUACAGUUUCAUGAUAAGACGACACGAUAUCUCCAGAUUUCUUUACCCCAGCUGAGAUCUAUUGGGUUCCGCUGGAGCAAGUGUGGCUUCAACUGUGGCUGUGAGCACGUGAUAUUAGUCCAAAAAUUCAACGACAGGUUGGACGAUUGAUGAUAUCCCGAGUUAGACCGUGGUGAGAGUUGAGCAUUGAACCUCCGCGCGCGGAACACAGCCAAGAUGAUUCAAUUAAAGACAAUGCUUAACUGCAUCGACAACUCGGGCGCUGCCCUUGUCGAAUGCGUCUUGGUCGUCGGCCAAAAACGACAUGCCCGAAUCGGUGACCGUGUUGUCGUCGUCGUUCAGGAGCAGCGUGGUAGCUCCUCCGGUGGUAUGGCCGGUAUCUCUGCCGCCAACAAGGUCAAGCGAGGUGAUAUCCGUCACGCCGUCGUCGUCCGAACCCGAUACCCUACACAACGCCGAGACGGCUCAGUCGUCAAGUUCGACGACAAUGCUUGUGUGCUGCUGAACAAGGCUGGAGAUCCCGUGGGAUCACGUAUCAACGGUGCUGUUGGCGCCGAGCUGAAGCGCAAGAAGUGGAGCAAGAUUCUGUCAAUGGCGCCUAUGCAGGCAUAAAGAAUUGACAAGGAGUUUAGGUGGAUGGGUAGUUAUUUACAAAAGACAGAAUAGAUCAGAGGGAAUGGAUUGGCUGCAUACAGCCGUGUACGAGUGGAAUACUGUACAAUUACGAAUAUUACUACAUUUGGCAUUUGCGAGGCGUUGAUACGAAAAUACAGACACCUUUCAGCUCUCAAAACUAAAAAUCACUGUGGUUGCAUAACUUGGAACAUGUAAUGUCACGGAACUUAUUUUGC